ACGGCAGACGAGGGAAUGGGACGGGAAGCUGCGCGCGUCGCGAUAGGCUGCCGUCAGCUGACGUCACCUCCGCCGUGACGCUGUGCACCCAUUCAUAAAAAAAAAAAAAAGAGGAGGAGAAGAACAAGAGAGAGAAACAAUCCCGAGGAGAACCACUCACGAGAGAAAGACGCGCAGGGCAGAACGACGGUGACCGGACUGUGCGUAAUGAGUAGUGCGGCUAGAAUGCGAGACGCGACGCGCAGAUAGAGGAGACGCAUCGCAGGAUCCGUGCGCCUUCCCCGGGUUGGGAGGAGAGAGAGAGAGACACAGAGACAGAGACAGACAGAGACAGAGAGAGGAGGAGAUCAGAGACAGUGCAGCUUCCACACGCAGCCCGGGCACGACGCGCGGAACCAUGGACGAGCUGUGCGAGAUGGACUGCACGGUGCUGAAGCGCAUCCUGAAGGACGACAGCGGCAAGUGCCUGCUGCUCGACUGCCGCUCGUUCCUCGCGUUCAGCGCGGGCCACAUCCGCGGCGCGGUCAACGCCCGCUGCAACACCAUCGUGCGCCGCCGCGCCAAGGGCUCCGCGCUCAGCCUGGACCAGAUACUGGCCGGCGACGAGGAGGUGCGCGGCCGCCUGCGCUCGGGCAUGUUCUCCGCCGCGGUGCUGUACGACGAGCGCACGCAGGACGCCGAGGCGGUGAAGGAGGACAGCACCGUGACGCUGGUGCUCAACGCGCUGUGCAGGGACGCGUCCGGCACCGACAUCUACCUGCUGAAAGGCGGAUACGAUCGGUUUUUCACAGAAUACCCAGAGUUUUGUUUGAAGACCAAAUCCUUACCGUCGCUCAGCAGCCAGUCCAGCAUUGACUCGGGCUGCUCGUCUUGUGGGACGCCGCACCACGACCAGGGCGGCCCGGUGGAGAUCCUCCCAUUCCUCUACCUCGGCAGCGCCCUCCACGCCUCGAAGAAGGAGGUCCUGGACGCCAUCGGCAUCUCCGCCCUGCUGAACGUGUCGGCCGACUGUCCCAACCACUUCGAGGGCGCGUACCAGUACAAGUGCAUCCCCGUGGAGGACAACCACAAGGAGGACAUCAGCUGCUGGUUCCUGGAGGCCAUCGAGUUCAUAGAUUCAAUAAGAGACUCCAGUGGGCGAGUGCUGGUCCACUGUCAGGCGGGCAUCUCCCGCUCCGCCACCAUUUGCCUGGCCUACCUGAUGAAGAGGAAGCGCGUGCGUCUGGACGAGGCCUUUGAGUUUGUGCGCCGGCGCCGCAGCAUCAUCUCCCCCAACUUCAGCUUCAUGGGCCAGCUGCUGCAGUUCGAGUCGCAGGUGCUCGCCACCUCGUGCGCCGCCGAGGCGGCCGCCACCGCGAGCCCGCUCCUCGGGCCCAAGUCGUCGGCGACCACCACCUCCACGACGGCCACGCCCACCUCGCCGUUCAUCUUCAACUUCCCCGUCUCGGUGGUGAACACCGCCUACCUGCACCACAGCCCGCUCACGACCUCGCCCGGCUGCUGAUGGACAGCUCCGGUCACUGCCAACCCGCCCCCCUCCGACGGACUUAUGUGAGCACAGACUGGGCUGCCAUUGGCUGCAAGAGCUGUCAGUCAGACUGAAACCGCUGUAGUUUGUACAUGCUUCCAGGGCGGGGAGGUGAGACACGUCACGGUGCCUGAUUCAAGAACUUUUUUUUAAGUUCAGAAACCAGCCGACGCUCCUCCUUCCAUUUUAACACGAGAUUUUACUCAAACUGACCAAAAAUGAACUGGCUUUCGACAUUGAACGAGCUCGGAUGGAGUGUUGGACUGACGUUUACUGAAGAGAGACACUCUUCCUCGACAAAUAAAACAAGACAACAACAACAACACAAAGAGGCACACACUGACACAGAGAGGCGUAAGCAGCAGCACACACUCUUCUUCUCUCUCUCUCUCUUUCUGACACACACACACACACACACACACAUUCACACAUUCACGACUACCAACAGAAUAAGCUCAGUAUGAAGGCAGGGUCUGUUGCUAUGGAGACGACAGGUCUUUGGGAGAGGAGAUGGACACAGGAAGGAAGGAGGAAUUUUAAGCACCCCGCUCCUUCCCCCUGUGUGUGUGUGUGUGUGUGUGUGUGUGUGUGUGUGUGUGUGUGUGUGUGUGUGUGUGUGUGUGUGUGUGUGUGUGUGUGUGUGUGUGUGUGUGUGUGUGUGUGUGUGUGUGUGUGUGUUGGGGGGGUAGACAAAAGAGAUGGAUGGAAAAAAAAAAAGGGAAGGAGGACGGUGAUAGAAAGCAGGAGCCUCUUCAGUGACAGGUGCUCUGCCGGCAAUCCGACCGGAGCUUCCUGUCUUUCCUACGUCCUCUUCCUCUCUCCGUCCGUCCCCCUCGUCAUCUCCUUUUCAUCCUUUUAUAUUCCUCCCUCCUUUUCUCCUCCUCCUCCCCCUCCUCCUCCUCCUCCUCCUCCUCUUCUCAUCUCUGCCUCUCAUCUUCACACCUUCCGCCCCCCGUCGCCUCUGCUCCUCAUCUUCUUCUUCCCUGAAGAUAAAUAAAAAAGGACGCCCAAAUAAAAUGGCCCCUUGUAAAAUACCGCGCUGGGAACCCACCCCCCCUUCAGCAGGCCCCCCCCGAUAGUCACCUCCAGGAAACUCCCUUACAAAAAAAUAUAUAUUGUUUUAGAUGACAGGGUUGAAAGAUAAAUCAUAAGAACUUUACAUCUUCAAGCACAACGGCCCCCAGAGGACAGUCACUUAAAGGACCAAUGCUGGUCGAUUUGUAUCAUUUACCUCAUUAUUUUUAAAUGAUCAAUUUAUCACUGUUGAUCUUUUUUGUCCAAAACUUGGAAGACACUGGUUUUAGGUUUGUUCCUGCGACUCCAAUGAACUGAAAACACUGGGAAGCUUUGGAAAUAUAUUGUUAUAUUUUCAGAUAAUUAAUGGGCUAAAAUGUUCACCGCCAGCAAAUAGUCCCUUAAUUGUUUGUGCCUUGUACAUAAAGGUAUUCAAUGGACAUUUUUUAUUUCUUUUUUUGUAUUUUUAGCUGCUAGAGAGCAGAUUUCUUUUCUUUUUUUUUUUUUUUAGCAUUUCAGCAUUGCAAACUCUAAUUCCACAAGGUCAAAGGAGCAAGAGCUUCACUCUUCAUCCUUGCAUUUGUGAAGAACUCUGGGUAAUUAAACACAUUACAUAAAUAAUAAUCCUGCAACCAUUUUGGGUUCCUAAUCAUUAUAUUCACAAGAUUCACUGAUCCAUCUAAAAUCAACACUUUUACUUUUGUUCCUCACAAAAAAACAAGUUAGAAAAGGAUUUUAAGCUUUGACCUUCGUGGCCACAAUCCAAUGAGAUAAGAAGUUGCCCAAAACAUUUCUCUCUGAUAAACACAGCAGCCAUUAACCCUCCUCUGUUUAUGAAGAAUGUCCACAGUCCUCUCCAUAGCACAAAAUUCAUUAAGUCACCAAAAACAAUAAAAAAAAAAAUCAGGUCGAAUCUUCAUAAUUUCAUAAUUUGAGACUCUGUAUUGCUUCUGCUUUCGACCAGGCCGAGCUCUACACUCUGUGCUGGACGUCCAAAGGCACAAAGUCCCACCGCGGUGGCUUUUAUACCCGAGGCCUGAUGUAUGCACAAAACACACACACGCACACACACAGAAACACAGGGUUUCAAAGACAAAUCAAACCUUUUUUCCCCCACGUUUUUGAAGAUUGUCGGCACCGAUCUCUGUAGCACUUUGAAGUGACGCAAUACUGUAUUUAUAAUUUAUGAUUGAUUUGCACAUCAUGGUGAUGUUAGACUGACUAGACUUUGCAUAAAGACAUUUUGUACAACGUAGAGAGAGAGAGAGAGGAGAACCAAUCAAUGAAUAACGCAAUACUUUGUACACGACCGUGUGGUCUGUACGUGUCUGUCUGUCGGCCUCUCUGUGUAAGUCCAUCUGUCCUGGUUGUCUCUGUCUGCAGAGUUGUUUACCCAUCAUGGCAAUAUCAAUCCUAACACGUGGACAUUUAUAUAUAUAUAAAUUUAAAAAAGCAAACAAUUUUCCCUCGAUUUUAUUGUGGAAUGAAUGAUCUCUGCGUUUAUUUAUUACUGAAGAUCCACUGUUGAAUAAACAAUGUUCUUAAUUAA